AUGUCUGUGUCGUCUAGAAGCGGAUCACCGCCAGGUCCUGAAAGUGAUCUGGAUGCUUCAGAUUCCAGUUCUCACGUCAAAGUCUCUUACGAUGGGUCGAGGAAGCGCAGAAGAUUGUCUCCAUCUUUAGAGAAUCAUGUCCAUCCGCAGUCAUCGCUACCCACUUCAAGUCUUUCCCGUAUAAGAGCCAAGAAGACUGGUCUGCUGCUUAAGGACUCUGGCGAGCCCGAUUCGGUUCAAGCGGCGGUACAGGGCAAGAGCAGUACGAGUUUUGCGACCUUGGGCGUGCAUCCAUGGCUUGUAGCCUCCCUUUCGGCCCUCAGGAUCAAGCAUCCUACGGGAAUACAAAAGGCUGCCAUCCCUCAGAUUAUGCAGGGCAGAGACUGUAUCGGUGGCAGCCGUACGGGGUCCGGAAAGACUGUAGCAUUCGCAGUCCCGAUCCUGCAGGCAUGGGCUGAAGAUCCGAGGGGCAUCUUUGCUGUGAUCCUGACGCCAACAAGGGAACUCGCUUUGCAGAUUCAUGAACAGUUUAAAGCAAUCUCAGCACCGCAGUCGUUGAAGUCUAUACUCAUCACAGGGGGCGGAGACAUGCGCGCUCAGGCUAUUGCCCUUUCACAGCGUCCUCACGUGGUCAUCGCCACCCCCGGCCGGCUGGCUGAUCACAUCAACACCUCAGGCGAGGAUACGAUAUGUGGCCUUCGUCGGACUCGCUUCGUAGUACUGGACGAAGCCGAUCGACUCCUUGCACCGAGCGAGAAGGGCAGUAUGUUGCCAGACCUCGAUACCUGCUUCUCGGUCCUUCCGCCCAGGACAGAACGCCAAACCUGUCUCUUCACAGCAACAAUGACGGAUCAAGUCCUCGCAUUGAAAGACCAACCCACUCCACCUGGGCGACCUCCAGUUUUCGUUUGCGAAGUCGACACCGAAGUCCUAGCUAUACCUCCGACCCUGCAGCAAAAGUACCUCCAGGCGCCUGUCACGCAGCGAGAAUCCUUCCUGCACGUCCUCCUGCUAACACCAGCCAACCUCUCCAAAUCCAUCAUCAUCUUCUGCAACCGUACGAGCACCGCCACGCUCCUCGAGUACAUGCUCCGACUGCUCGAACACAGAGUCACAGCGCUACACUCCAAGCUCCCCCAGCGGGACCGAAUAGCCAACCUCGCCCGUUUCCGCGCCAAGGCAGCACGCAUACUCGUCGCCACAGACGUCGCGGCCCGAGGUCUCGAUAUCCCGGAGGUAGAGCUAGUGAUCAACUACGACGUCCCACGUGACCCGGACGACUACAUUCACCGGGUUGGCCGAACGGCGCGAGCAGGCAGGAAGGGCGAGAGCGUCACCUUUGUUGGGCAGAGGGAUGUUGAGCUGGUGUUGGCGAUUGAGGAACGCGUGGGGAAGAAGAUGGCGGAGUAUGAGGAGCCGGACGUCAACCUUGAGACUAGGGUUAUCAGAGAUGGGCUGAAGGUUGUAGGCGAGAAGAAGAGGGAGGCGCUGCUGCAGAUCGAGGAGGGGAGGGAUGUUGUUGGAAAUAGGAAGAAGGGCAUGGUCAAGAGGGCGAAGCGUUGA